AGUAGACCCUUUUUAAAAAGAUCCGGUGAUUCUAUUUAUAUUGUAUGCUUCCGUUCGGUUUUUGAAAGAUUUAAAAUCAUUUUAGCGGGCAGUUUGUGGUGCUUUUUUUACGUUGGUGAAGUGCCUUCUCGUCUUCAGAUUUUAUUCGGCAUGCUGACAGUCUCUCAUAUUUGGAUGUAACUGAGGUAUUAAGAAUCAAUCCGCGGGAGUGACACGGUACGUGAAGAAGCCGGAAAAGCGCGAGGGUCAAGAUGGUGGUAUUAAAACUGAGAUCUGCGGCAUUCAUACGCAGCUAUGAGCGUUAGAAUAACUGUAAUUUGGUGGAAAAUUGGGUCGCCAAGGGACUCCAUUUUUAGCUAGGAGGGAUUCAUGCGCCAAGGAAGGAAUAUCAAGACGAAACACUUAUUAGCGUCCGGACCAGACAUGGAUUCCGGGACUGAAGAAUUCCUACCCCCGCCCGAGUGCCCGGUGUUCGAGCCCACAUGGGCGGAAUUUCAAGACCCACUUGGAUACAUCGCUAAAAUCAGGCCCAUCGCCGAGAAGUCCGGCAUUUGCAAGAUCCGCCCUCCCAAGGACUGGCAGCCUCCCUUUGCAGUAGAAGUAGAUAACUUCAGAUUUACUCCUCGAAUCCAGAGGCUAAAUGAACUAGAGGCUCAGACCAGAGUGAAACUGAACUAUUUGGACCAAAUUGCAAAAUUCUGGGAAUUCCAGGGUUCUUCAUUAAAAAUUCCCAAUGUGGAGCGGAAGAUGUUGGACCUCUACAGCCUUAGUAAGAUUGUGAUGGAGGAAGGGGGCUAUGAAGCUGUUUGCAAGGACCGUCGAUGGGCUCAAGUUGCCCAGCGCCUCAGUUACCCACCAGGGAAAAACAUUGGAUCCCUCCUAAGAUCUCACUAUGAACGCAUCAUUUAUCCCUAUGAAACGUUUCAGUGUGGAACCAACCUUGUGCAGUGUAACACUCACCAAGUUGACAGUGAGGAAAAAGACAAGGAAUACAAACCCCACAGCAUUCCGCUUAGGCAGUCUGUGAAGCCUUCCAAGUUCAGCAGCUAUAGUCGCCGUGGGAAAAGACUACAGCCUGAUCCUGUGCCCACAGAGGUGGAUAUUGAGAGGAAUCCAGAGUUAAAGAAGCUACAGAUCUAUGGGGCAGGUCCCAAAAUGAUGGGCUUGGGCCUUGUGGCCAAGGAUAAGACUUUAAGGAAGAAAGAUAAAGAAGAGCUCGUAUACCCCAACACUGUUACAAUGGAGGAACCAAGUGGAAAUAGGAAAGUGAUGUCAGCAUUGCCCGAAGAGGACUUGAGUCAAAGCUUAGAGCGCUGCACCAACAUGACAAAGCGGCUACGAAAGAAUCACAGCAGUCUCCAGUUUGUCGAUGCGCAUGUUUGCGGAAUGUGUUCCCGAGGAGAUGAAGAUGAUAAACUUCUUUUCUGUGAUGCCUGUGAUGACAGUUUUCAUAUCUUCUGCCUAUUGCCAUCUCUUCCUGAAAUCCCUAGAGGGAUCUGGAGGUGCCCAAAAUGUGUUAUGGCGGAAUGUAAGAAGCCCCCUGAAGCCUUUGGCUUUGAGCAGGCUACCCAGGAGUACACUUUGCAGAGCUUUGGUGAAAUGGCUGAUUCCUUCAAGGCCAGCUACUUCAACAUGCCUGUACACAUGGUACCCACAGAACUUGUGGAAAAGGAAUUCUGGAGGUUGCUGAGCAGCGUUGAGGAGGAUGUGACGGUUGAGUAUGGAGCAGACAUUCAUUCCAAAGAAUUUGGAAGUGGUUUUCCUGUCAGCAGUAGCAAAGGGAACCUGUCCCCUGAGGAAGAGGAGUAUGCGACCAGUGGUUGGAACCUGAAUGUGAUGCCAGUGCUGGAUCAAUCUGUUCUCUGUCACAUCAAUGCAGACAUCUCUGGCAUGAAGGUUCCCUGGCUAUAUGUGGGCAUGGUUUUCUCAGCAUUUUGUUGGCAUAUUGAGGAUCACUGGAGUUACUCCAUUAACUACCUACACUGGGGUGAGCCAAAGACCUGGUAUGGGGUGCCCUCACUGGCAGCAGAGCAUUUGGAGGAGGUGAUGAAGAGGCUGACACCGGAGCUUUUUGACAGCCAGCCUGACCUUCUACACCAACUGGUUACUCUGAUGAAUCCUAACACCCUUAUGUCCCAUGGUGUUCCUGUGGUUCGCACAAACCAGUGCGCAGGAGAAUUUGUCAUUACUUUCCCUCGGGCUUACCACAGUGGCUUUAACCAAGGCUACAACUUUGCUGAGGCUGUCAACUUUUGCACUGCUGACUGGCUACCAACUGGACGCCAGUGCAUUGAACACUACCGCCAGCUCCAGCGCUACUGUGUCUUCUCCCACGAGGAGCUCAUCUGCAAGAUGGCUGCCUUUCCAGAGAAGUUGGACCUGAAUCUGGCUAUGGCUGUACACAAGGAGAUGUUCAUAAUGGUGCAGGAGGAGCGACGUUUACGGAAGGCCUUGUUGGAAAAGGGUAUCACAGAGGCUGAACGAGAGGCUUUCGAACUGCUCCCAGAUGAUGAGCGCCAGUGCAUCAAGUGCAAGACAACGUGCUUCCUAUCAGCUCUGGCAUGCUACGACUGCCCAGAUGGCCUUGUCUGCCUUUCCCACAUCAAUGACCUAUGCAAGUGCUCAAGUAGCCGACAGUACCUGCGAUAUCGGUAUACUUUGGAUGAACUACCUACCAUGCUGCAUAAGCUGAAGAUUCGGGCUGAGUCCUUUGACUCCUGGGCAAACAAAGUGAGAGUGGCCUUGGAGGUAGAGAAUGGCAGAAAGUGCAGCUUUGAAGAGCUAAGGGCACUAGAGUCUGAGGCCCGUGAGAAACGAUUUCCUAACAGUGAGCUGCUUCAGCGUCUAACGAACUGCCUGAAUGAAGCAGAAGCUUGUGUUUCCCUAGUCCUGGGGCUGGUCAGUGGCCAAAAGGCUAGGAUUGAAACUCCACAACUGACACUGACAGAGCUCCAGGUCCUUCUUGAGCAGAUGGGCAGACUGCCCUGUGCUAUGGAUGAGAUUGGGGCUGUCAAGGAUGUCCUGGAACAGGUGGAGGCCUACCAAGCAGAGGCCAGGGAGGCCCUGACCUCACUACCCCCCAGUCUAGGGCUACUGCGGUCUCUGUUAGAGAGGGGGCAGCAGCUGGGUGUGGAGGUGCCUGAAGCCCAUCAGCUCCAGCAGCAGGUGGAACAGGCACGAUGGCUAGAUGAGGUGAAGCAAGCAGUGGCUCCUUCAACUCAAAGGGGCUCUCUGGUUAUCAUGCAGGGGCUGUUGGUUACGGGCGCCAAGGUAGCCUCCAGCCCUUCAGUGGACAAGGCCCGGGCAGAGCUUCAGGAGCUGCUGACCAUUGCAGAGCGCUGGGAAGAAAAAGCCCAUUUUUGCCUGGAAGCCAGCCAGAAACAUCCACCAGCAACACUGGAAACCAUAAUCCGUGAGGCAGGAAACAUCCCUCUUCACCUGCCUAACAUUGAGGCACUCAAAGAAGCACUUACUAAGGCACAAGCAUGGAUAGCUGAUGUGGAUGAGAUUCAAAAUGGUGACCACUAUCCGUGCUUGGAUGACUUGGAGGGCCUUGUGGCUGUGGGCCGGGACCUACCUGUGGGUCUGGAGGAGCUGAGACAGCUAGAGUUGCAGGUACUGACAGCACACUCCUGGAGAAAGAAGGCCUCCAAGACCUUCCUAAAGAAGAAUUCAUGUUAUACUUUGCUGGAGGUGCUCUGCCCAUGUGCAGAUGUGGGCUCAGACAGCACCAGGCGCAGCCGGUGGACAGACAGGAAACUUGGAUUAUGUCAGUCUGACACAGAGCUGCUGGGAUUGUCUGCGCAGGACCUCAGGGACCCAGGCUCUGUGACUGUGGCCUUCAAGAUGGGGGAACAGAGGGAGAAGGAGGGUAUCCUGCAGCUGCGACGCACCAACUCUGCCAAGCCCGGUCCACUUGCAUCAUCAACCACGGUGUCCUCUGCAACCUCCAUCUGUGUGUGUGGACAGGUGCCAGCUGGGAUGGGAGCUGUACAGUGUGACCUGUGUCGGGACUGGUUCCAUGGGCAAUGUGUGUCAGUACCCCACCUUCUCAGCUCUCUAAGGGCCAGUUCCACGUCAUCCCCACUGCUGGCCUGGUGGGAGUGGAACACAAAAUUUUUGUGUCCACUGUGCAUGCGCUCACGGCGCCCACGCCUAGAGACUAUCUUGGCACUGCUGGUAGCUCUUCAGAGACUGCCUGUGCGGCUGCCUGAAGGUGAGGCCCUGCAGUGCCUCACAGAGAGAGCCAUUGGAUGGCAGGGCCGUGCCAGGCAGGCUCUGGCUUCUGAAAAUGUGACAACUCUGUUGGGAAGGCUCUCUGAGGUUCGUCAACAGCUACAGGCUGAACACAGGUCCAAGGAGUUCCCGACCCAUCCUUCAUUCUCCACUUCAGAGCCUCUCAAAGAAGGCAGUGGCAAGGAUAUGCCUAAGGUGCAGAGGUUGCUGGAGAACAGAGACAGCAUGACCAGUCCUGAGAAGGUAGCCCUAGCACAGGGCUCAAGGAAGACAGACCUGGGCCUGCUGUCCUCACUAUUGCCACAGUUGACUGGUCCUGUAUUGGAGCUGCCUGAGGAAACCCGGGUCCCACUGGAGGAGCUCAUGUUGGAGGGGGAUCUGCUUGAGGUGACCCUGGAUGAAAACUACAGCAUCUGGCAGCUGUUGCAGGCUGGGCAGUGUCCAGACCUGAAACGGAUUCAUACACUUCUGGAGGUGGAGAAGCUUGAGCAUCAAGGCAGUUGGACAAGGGUCCAGGCAUUGGAGAAGCGACCACAGCAGAAAGUAAAUCUGGGUAGUAAGAAUGAGGGACUUGUUCAAGAAGAGAUAGAGCCAAAAAAGGCCCGGAGCUCAGGAAUUAAACCUGAGGAGAAUCAAGAGGAGCGAGGGUUUGAGAAGGAAGCAGAUCAUGAAAAUAUACUUUUAACACCUUCCACUGUCCAUAAUCACAUUUUGAAAGGAAACAAAACUAACUUACGACAAAAGGAUUCAGGUUCAAUAACCUCUUUUCCUUCUUUAACUCCUUUGCUACACUUGUCCUACCCUCAGCAGCAAGAGUUGUGACAAGAGCACAAAAUAUUUUUAAAUUUUUUUUAUUUUGCUGCCUCCUGGUCCUUUGUGUGUCCUGGACCUUCUUUCCUAUUGAGAAUUUGUCACUUCAGAAUUUUCAAUAUCCUAACUGGUAAAGGCAGUGUUUUAAUGCUCAGGUCAUAAACACAAUACCUUAUAUGCUUCUUCCCAGUCUCUUGCCAGCAGCAUUACUGUGACUAAAACACAGUGAGUGAUUUCUUAAGCGAGUUUCAUUCUAGACUGGGUCAAAUAAAACUUCAAAAAGGCAAAUGUAUCUCAUUCCCUAACCCCUUCCUGUAUAUUUCCUCUCCCUCUACCUCCCGUAUAUAUUAAAAUAUUUUGGUGUUUCAAGGAUUUCUGCACCUUUAUUCUACCUCCUUUUCUUUUCUUACCUUGGUUCAAUUGUUAAAAAACCCCAACAAAACAAAACAUUGUAUGAUGUAAUUACCUGUUACAGCCAACAAAGGUAGAAUUAGUUCUUGGUUCUUGCUAUUUUUAAUUUGACUUUUGUAAAAAUAAAACUUGUGUGUUUUAAA